AUGCCCGACGCGCUCUCGCCCGACGAGCUCAAGGCUGAGCUCGAGAACCUCACGAGACUCGCGGGGGUGAACCUCUCCCCCGAGGUGUUCGACGUCCUCCUCGAGCUCACGCGCAUGGACGUCGUCCCCACGGCGACCGCGCAAGUGCUCAAGUCGCUGUGCACGAAAUCGCAGCUCCGCGCGAGCUACGGCGGGAAGUGA